AUGUAUAGUAGUAAUCAAAGACCUCCAAGUACGACCAAGGAUAAAAUGCAAGCACAAGGAUUACCCAAUUAUCCAUUAUUACUUAAUAAAACCUAAUCCACACCAUCAUCUCAGGAGAUCAAAUCUGGUUAUACAUACUCCUCAUAUGGGACAUCCACACUGAGCACCCAACCACAAUACGUUAGUUUUCAUUAUUUAUUCGAGUAGACGAGACCUUACGAAUAAUACGGCUAAAAACUAAAUCCAUAUUAAAUCAAUUAAUAACAAUCAUCAAGUGGUAUGACAACUUCACUAUCGACUACUCAAAAGACCAAUUCAACAAUUUCAUCCAUGACACAGUCUCAACCAGAAUAAUAACAACCAUCGAAAUAUAUGUCAAAUGUCAGCAAAGGCAUAUGCGGAUUGAGAAAUAUUGGCAAUACCUGUUUCAUGAAUUCAGUUCUGUAAUGCUUACUCAACCUUCCUGCCUUCAAUGAACACUUUUUUAAUGGAGAUUACCUAAAGGACAUGAAUUCCAAAAACAGCUCCGUUCCAAACGAGUACAGCAAACUAGUUUCCACUAUCAGAAGCACUCCAAAUUUUCAAUCCGUUGCUCCAUACGGAAUCAAAUCAGCAGUUGAAAAUGUUAUGCCCUGUUUCAGAGGCUAUGCUCAAUAAGAUGCCCAAGAAUUUUUGGUUGCACUUCUAGAUGGCCUCAGUCUUGGCUUGAAUAGAGUGAAAAGCAAAUCAACCUAUAAAGAAAUGAAUGACAAUCUCAAUGGAAGGACAUUACAAGAUUUAAGCAAAGAGUGGUGGGAAUACUCAAAAAGCAGAGAAAACAGUUUGGUUCUAGAUUAUUUCUAGGGGUAAUUGCUACACACAAUCAAAUGCUCCUAUUGUAACCAUAAUUCAUAUGCAUUCGACACUUUCUUAGAUACGUCUUUAGCAUUUACAAGAGCAUUUAAAAUAUUAGAAGAUAUGGAUCUAGAUAGACUAUUAGAUAAAUAUGUAAUCGAAGAAACGAUUGAUGACUAUUAUUGUUCAAAAUGCAAAAAGCAUUAGAAAGUAAAACGCAAAUUUACAAUUUGGAGAUUGCCUCACAUUUUGAUGUUUCAUAUCAAAAGAUUUGAUUACAGAAGAUUUUCCAGUGACAAAUUAAAUCAUCGAGUCAAGUUCCCUUUGGAAUUAGAUAUGACUAAAUUCAUCUAGGAUUCACGUAAGACAUUCUUAAUUUUAGUUGACUAGUCUACCAAAAAUUGUUAAUAUUCCUUGUGUGGAAUAGUAAAUCAUAGUGGAACUCUCUAUGGAGGCCACUACACAGCUGACAGUUUGAAUCCAUUUAAUUUAAAAUGGUAUCGAUAUAACGAUUCCGAUGUUAGAGAGAUUGAUGUUAAACAACAAAGAUAUGAUACUGAUGGCAGUAGUAGUCCAUACAUAUUGUUUUAUGCGAGAAAGUCAUUAUAUUGA